UUCCUCAUUUAAAAAAUAUAUUCAUAUAUCAUUAAAGCACACACCAAGGUCUAUAUGAAUGAUUCUCAUUCUUCUCGGCGGAAUCUUCAAGAGAGGAGGAUUGUUUUGGGAAGCUGCUGCUGACAUCUGAGGUGCCCGGCUAGAUAUUAGUAAGGUUCUUCAUUCAGGCAAGCUACAUUUGCUGGCAAAUUUGUUUUUGUUCCUGUUUGCAUCUCCAUUUCUGAGAAUGAGCCACCCAUGCCGUGAUGAUCAAGAUGCAACUGUUGUAGGAUUUGAGGUUCCAAGGUCCCCUGAUUCAAGUUACAACAACGUAUACCCUGGGAAUGAAGAUGAGGGACGGGAACCACCUUUCGUCCCCCCUCAUCUGCAACAGACCAUGCUUAACUGCCCACCAACUAGAGAUCCUUCUGUGUCCCUUCCGCUGCCACAGAAUGUUACCCUGAACCAUCUUUACCUACAGAACAGGGAGACUCCUCGCUCUGUGGUUGCACUUGGGGUCACCCAUCGCUUUCGCUCUAAAUUUGUCACAGUCGUGCUUUAUAAACCAGUUCAAAGAAGGGGAAGUGGGAGCACUUAAGACUUCCUUAAUGUACAAACUGUUGUGGAGGCAUGUUUCUCCAUAUUGUGAUUGAUAGAUAGAUAAGUGAAAAAUUAGCAGCAAUAUUUUAUUCCCUCAGAGGUGCUGGUAAACAUAGGAUGAUUUCUUUGGAACUUGAAUUGUUAUGAUUUCUAAAAUACUAUGUAAUUUUGGCCUAGAUUAAUGUAGGUGAAGCAUUUUACUCUUUAGUUUGGUUCUAGAAA